AUGUGUAUACCACCUAGACGUAUUACUAUGAAAGAAUAUCAACCAUUUUGUGAGGAUAAAUAUAAUAUAAAUCCAUUUCAUUACAAUGACUUUCAAAUGAAUUAUGAAAUAAUUAAAAACAUUUAUAAAUUUAGAAAAACUUAUAUACCUUCUGCUGAUACAUAUAAAAUAUAUUAUUCUUUAAAUGAAGAAAAUAAGCAUGAUAUAAGAAUUACUGGAAUACAUGAUUUUGAAAUGUUCAUAUCAUAUUUUCCAUUGAUAUUAGAUACUGUUACUAAAUCAAGUUUUAGUGGAGUUAAGUCUAUGAGACCAAAAAUAGUUUUUCUUUGUAACACUUCUGAUGAUGCAAUAAAUAUUUAUACGAUGAUAACAAAUUUUGCUAAUGGUUUAAAUAUAAAAGUUGCCUUAUCUAAUCAUACUCAAAAAAUGAAAACUAAUUUUGAUAAUAUGAAGUUGCCUUUUAUGAUACUUGUAACAACAGUAAAAAAUUUUGAAUAUCAUUUAAGUAAAAAUGUUUUAUAUCUUACUGAUUGUUCAUACUUUGUUAUGAUUAAUCUUUCAACAUGGAAAAAAGAUUUUGCUUAUCCUGUAUUAGUUGCUUUAAUGAUAAGUAGUGGUUGGUCUCCUAAAAAUCAAUGUAGUGUAAUAGCUACUUCUGAAGAAUUUUCAUAUACAAGUCAAGACAUUUUUAAUUAUUUUUCUUAUAAAAAUUAUUAUGAUAUUAAUAUCUAA